CAUAUUUUGUCCCUCCCCUCGCGAGUGCUGUUUUAAAUAGCGAGAGAGAGCUCAGAUGUGACAUCUACACGAAGACACUUGUUGAGAGCAUCUCCUCGGGCUCACCUUACAAUCACCGUAAAGACAACUUGUUCAAGGAGAACCACGGCGCUUUUUUCCUUCAAGAAACCUUCCAAGUCACGAAAUUACAGGAAUGGACAAUAGCAGCAGACUGAUGUUCGCAGUCGUCAUGGUAAUGGCGUACAUGGCGAUGGGAGCCCAGGCCCAGAACUCCACAAUGGCCCAAAACUCCACAAUGGCCCUGAACGUCACAAUGGCCCAGAACUCCACAAUGGCCCUGAACGUCACAAUGGCAGCUAAUGCUUCUACUACAGGACUCAACAUAACAACAACCCUUAGCACAACAUAUUCCCCAGGCGUAAAUAUCACAACCAAUGGUACUAUGGCACCCAACACAACACAGACGACAGUGGUACCUGUCACAGCUGUCACGACACAGGAUAAUAUCUCAAGGAGAGAAUGUGGAAAGACUAAGCUCUGUGCAGCUGAGCCGGAAAACUGUGAUCCGGCCGUGGCUGGUUCCUGUUUCUUCGCAUCCACCAAUCAGAUCUCGGGACAGACUUUCUCCUUCCAGCUACGAGGAAUGUCCAGUGGCUACAUCGCUGUAGGCUUGUCCACAACCUCCACACUGGAUGGUAACGCCACCAUCUAUGUGUGCGCCAACAACAGCGGCAGUGUGAAAUUCUUCACCACUGUCCUUGACAAGGAACAUCUGGCCAUUACCAACAUGGACUCAGUCAACGAUAAGAUCAUCCAGUGCACCUUCAAUGCUACUGUCCCCAACGCUACGGCGACCACGGGCACCCGGGGCUCCUCCACCAGUUUCUUCUUCUCCAUCUUAAAAGGGUCAAUCAAUAACGGAACACUGGUUAAUUCCACUGUUGUCCUGUUAAGUGAUAGAUUUGUGGACCUGACCACCUACAACACUACUGUGACCAACUCUUUGAACCAGAACACCACUUCUGCUGCUACCUCCAGCCACACCUUCGGCCUGCAGCACACCCUGGCUCAAGCUCUUCUGAUCCUGCUAGGUGUACUAGGUAUGAUGAUGCUGUAAGGUCUGAAGAUGAAGCACCAUGCACUCAGGAAUCCUGCCUCCUUUCCUUUACUCACCUUGGCCAGGCUGCGUCCCUAAAUGGCACCCCAUUCCCUAAAUACUACUGUACUCCCACUAUGUAGGGAAUAGGGUGCAAUUCUGGACUCAAUCUGGUACCAGAACAAAGGAUCAUGUCAGAUCUGAAGUUAUAUGCUUAUAUAUGCAAUCAUGUUUUUCCACAUACUCAAUGAAACACCUAGUUGAGGGUAGUAAGACAUUAACUAACAGAAUGGACCCAGUGAUACAAGGCCAAGUACUAACAUAUUGUGUUGAUAGACAAUACCAUUUAAAGGAAAAAGGUAUAAAUUCAACUUCACAUUCAUCAUCUCCAUCACCACUUACCUUCUUCUAUCUUGUUGAAUACAAAACAUAAAAACCAGCCAUUUUAAUAUACGUUGAUGUUGGAGUGUUGCUGGAGUUGACGAAGAUGAAAUGUCCCAUUAAGAAAUAACAACUGGGUGUAAAAACAGAUCCUCCAUAUUUGUACUGUAUACCCCCAUGUCAUCCCCUACAUGUAACUAAUUUAUUUGUGACAGAGGAAGUUGUUUUAUAAUUCUGUAUUUGCUGAUGUCCUGUUAUGAAGUUCAUGUUAGUCUGUGUUUCUUGGUGGAUGUGUGUGAGUGAGAGUGUGACUUUGUGUGUAAAUAUUGUAUAGUGAUGAGAGACUCCACACACAUACCCCACACUUGGGACAGACGUCAAUUCAACAUCUACUAUAUUCCAUGUCGGUUCAAAGUAAUUUCGUUGAAAUAACAUGGAAACGUUGAUUAAACCAGUGUUUGCCCAGUGGGCCGUAGAUGAAGUCACAAGGGCUGCAUUUAGACAGGUAGACAAGUUCUUAUACUUUUACCAAUAAUUGGUCUUUUGAACAAUAACAUUUAUUUUUCAGAGCUGAUCAAAAGACCAAUUAGUGUGUGUGUAUGUAUUGUUUAUGUGUGUACUUUGAUGAAGCCACUGGAUGGUGAACUGUUCUACCUGACUACCCUUUUAAAUUAAAUAUUUGCAUUACACAAUAAAAAUGAACUUUUAUUUA